AUGCCGAAAAGUAUAUUUCGAUGCGAGGAAUGCAAACAGGAUUAUUACAAUCUGACGGAUCUAGCAAACCAUCUCAGGAAUCAUGUCAAAUGUGAUUAUGAAAACUGUAAAUUCGAGGCGAUCCAGGAUAUCUUGGAUCUUCAUAAGGAGGACCGCCAUCUUAUCUUCAAACCCGGUAGGUCUCCCAAAUCGCGAGCGAAAACCAACACAAAACCAGAUGGACCAUUAAACGCCACGAUCCAAGGACUAGGAUACGCGUUAAAGACUCAAGAAGAUAUCGACAAAUGGAUCCAAGAACGCAAGAAAAAAUGGCCCACCAACGCGCUCGUCGCCGAAAAGCGGGCUCAAGCUGAAGAACGGAAAAAGAAAAUCUUGCUCGAGGUUUCCAAUCAAUACAAGAACGAGCACAAGAACAGGAGACGCGUGUGGGUUAGGAACGAUCAGGCCGACCCUCCCAUAAUCAGAGGCGCCACCAAGAGAGCCUGUCCAGACACGCAGUUGCCAGAAAAUAUUCAAGGAGAUGUGCAUGAAUCCGACGGAAGUGAGAGUUCAUCAAGUGGCUCAGAUAUCGACCCCCUCAAGGAUGCCGUGUCUAGUAAGAUCGCCCCUCCCGUUCGCAACCCUCCUGCCACCCAAUCUUCUUCCUUCAAUGCCGGACCUAGUAAGAAUCAGCAGACUUCACUUCGCGGAGAAAAUUCAAAUAAACAGAAUGCGAAAGGAUCAUCUUCCAACCGUCGUCCCGGCAACGCGUCAUCCUCAUCUGGGCAUCUAUUUCUUGACCGUUCUGGCCUGUUCUCUAAGUUGAUUGAAAAAGAUGUCGAACAAGAUGUCUCUGAUCUCCAUGAGGUCAUCGACUUCCUUACCCGGAACGCGUUCCUCGAUGGCUACCACACUCGCAUACUUCAUCCAACCCAUUCAGAACCUCAGAUCCAAGAAGUUCUGAAAUAA